AAUGAGAAUAAAACAGAAAAGAGAGAAAAUAGCGCGAAAGAGAGAGAGAGAGCGAGAGAGAGAGAGAGAGAGAGAGAGAGAGAGAAACACACCCGUUAGGAAAAAUAUCACGGACAAAGGAAAUAUGGACGGUCUCUUUCAGUGUAGCUCUGCACAACAGCAACAGAAAUUUCCACCGAAUCAUCGUGUGCAUGAACUGGAAACCAGUUAGGCGACAUUAAUGCCGAGGCAGGAGGCAAGAUAUUGCUGCAAACCAAAAGACGGGGAGCUCUUUUGUGAUCCGUCUUCAAAAUCCGUGAGGCUGAGAUGGCUGUAGCAGGAAUAUGCAGAUGUAGCCGCCUUGUGAAAAAUGUAGAAAAUGUGCCUCUGUCGUUUAUGACCUUAUUGCUUUGUUGUGGCCUUGCAUUUGGGCAAUUAAAAUAUUCUGUCCCAGAGGAAUCGGACAAAGGAGCGAUCGUGGCUGACAUUGCGCAGGAUUUGGGGCUGGACGUUGAAAAGCUUUCGGCGCGCAGCAUCAAGGUAACAGCCGACGACGGAAAACGGUACGUUGAUGUGAACACGAAAAACGGGAAAUUGUUCGUUAAUGAACGGAUCGACCGAGAGGCUUUGUGUGAAAAGGGUGGCUGCGUUUUGAAUUUUGAUUUGCUGCUCGAAAACCCUUCCGAAUCACACAGCGUCGAUUUGGAAGUGGUAGACGUAAACGACAACGCGCCGCAAUUCCCGAGAGACGAAUACCAGCUGGAAAUCACAGAGUCGGCAUCGCCUGGUUCUCGUUUUCCUGUCGAACAUGCGCUCGAUCCAGAUGUCGGUACCAACACUGUUCGGUUUUACCGCCUCGGACCAAACGAGCAUUUCGCCCUGGAUUCAAGCAAACCCUCGCAAAAUAGCAAGCACGUCGAACUGGUGCUGAAAAAACCUCUGGAUCGUGAGCAGACGCCUUAUCAUGAACUGGUCCUAACCGCAGCGGAUGGUGGCACACCUGCUUUGACAGGUACAGCCAAGAUUAAUGUCCGUGUAUUGGACUCGAAUGACAACAACCCUGUAUUUGACAGCUCUGUAUAUAAAGUAAAACUGCUUGAAAAUUCUCCAAAAGACACACUUGUGAUUAAACUUAACGCCACAGAUCAGGAUGAGGGAACAAACGGAGAGGUUGUCUUUUCAUUUAGCAGUUACACCCCAGAACGGGUCAGGCAAGUGUUCAGCAUGGACACCAACACUGGUGAAAUCCGAGUCAGGAGCAACGUGGAUUAUGAGGACACGAACUCAUAUGAGAUGUACAUCCAGGCCAUGGACAAGGGUCCGGCUGCAGUUGCGGCCCACUGUAAAGUAGUAGUGGAGGUGAUUGAUGUAAAUGAUAAUGUACCAGAGAUUGUGCUAUCAUCCCUGUCUAGCCCAGUACGUGAGGAUGCCCGUGCUGACACAGUUGUUGCCUUGAUUAGUGUUACUGACAGAGACUCUGGCCUAAAUAAGCAGGUGACACUUGAGAUCCCACCAGGCCUUCCUUUUAAAAUUAAGUCUUUCAGGAACUACUACACUUUGGUGACCUCUGCCUUUUUGGACCGUGAGACCACAGCAGCCUAUAACGUGACCCUACGUGCCACCGAUGGAGGCACACCUUCACUAUCCUCUCAGAAAACCAUUCAAGUAGAUGUAGCUGAUGUCAAUGACAACCCACCACGCUUUGAACAGACAUCUUACACUGUUUAUGUUGCAGAAAACAAUGCACCUGGAGCCUCUCUUUGCACUGUCAUGGCUACUGAUGCAGAUGUGAAUGAGAAUGCCCGCAUCACCUACACAGUUCUCACUGACAACAACCAUGGCAUCCCUGUCACAUCUUACGUGUCAAUUAAGCCAGAUACUGGUGUGGCCUAUGCCCUCCGCUCAUUUGAUUAUGAAUCACUAAGGGAGUUUCACUUCCAAGUUAAAGCUCAGGAUGGGGGCAUCCCACCCCUCAGCCGUGUGGCCACUGUUUACAUCUAUAUAAUGGACCAAAAUGACCACCCACCAGAGAUUGUGAGCCCUCCAGCCAAUGGAACACGUUCAACAGAAACAGUUCUGAAAAACGUUGAGGCAGGAGCUUUGGUAACCAAGGUGGUGGCAUAUGAUGCAGAUGCUGGACAGAAUGCAUGGCUCAUCUAUAUAAUGGACCAGUCCAAUGAUCCAGACCUGUUUAAAGUGCAUGAGCAUACAGGAGAGAUUCGAACCACUCGUCGUAUCUUUGAAGACAACUCUACAUCUUUUAUUCUCACUGUGCUGGUAAAAGACCAUGGAGAGCCUCCUCUGUCCUCCACUGCCACCAUCAAUAUAGCCAUCAUGGAGGUGCCUCCAAAAGUCACACCUGAUCCCAAGAAGAUUAUUCGUCCCCACAGCACCCUACUCUUUUCCAAUGUAACACUUUACCUGAUUGUAGCACUUAGCGCAACUACAUUUGUGUUCCUGGUCACAGUGGUAGUUUUGGCUAUAGUCCGCUGCCAUGCCUAUUGUACCCAGCCUGGCUCAUGCUCACCCUGCUGUGUGUCCCAGAAGAGCUUACAAGAAGGUGGAACUGGAGGAGGUGCUCAAUCUAACAAUAAUGUGGUCCUUCGGCGAGAUCUCAAAGUUGAACCUCACUACAUUGAGGUCCGUGGAAAUGGCUCUCUGACAAAGACCUACUGCUACAAAACCUGUUUGACUGCCACAUCUGGCAGUGACACAUUUAUGUUCUACAACACAGGUCGGCCCAUAAGUGGAACCUGGGGCUCUGAACGCUUCUUCACGAGUGGCAGCGGCUUUGUGCGUAGGCUUAGUAUGCCAGAUGCAGCAAUGCAGCCCAAGGGACCGAAUGCUGACUGGCGCUAUUCUGCAUCUUUAAGGGCAGGAGUGCAGAGCUCUGUUCACAUGGAGGAGGCUUCAGCAAUGAUGCAGGGUGCCCAGGGCAUGCUGGUGCAAAACUGGCCAACAGUAUCCAGUGCUGCAGAUGGCGAGGCUGAAGGACAACUCUCCCCUCCGGUUGGAGCUGGGAUCAACAGCAACAGCUGGAGCUUCCGUUAUGGUGCUGGCCCAGGCUAUGGCCCCCCACAGGCCUUAAAGCCAGGAGAGAUCCCCCCUGAAGCUUUUAUCAUCCCUGGCUCUCCUGCUAUCAUUUCCAUCCGCCAGGACCCUGGUGCCAUGGACGACAAGGGUGACUUCAUCACAUUUGGCAAAAAAGAGGAGGCUAAGAAAAAGAAAAAGAAGAAGAAGGAAAAGAAGGACAAGAAGGAAAAGGGCAAGGAGGAUGGGGAUGAAUAGAUGACAGAGAUGUUUUUGAAACAAUCUUCCAGCUGGAGUUGGUAACUAAAAACGCAGACUGAAAAACCAGGAGAAAAGAGAAAUAUAAACAUCUACAAUGAUGUGCUUGUUACAUGCAGCUUUAAGUAUGGCAAUCUUGAUUUGCCAGCUCUGCCCAGUGCUGAUCUUUCAGUAACCAACCACAAAUGAGAUCCUGUUAUUGUACCAUAUUGGCUCCCAGAAUGCAAUAAUUGGCUUUGUACUACCUUAUGCACUCAAAAGUUCUUGUUCCACAUCGCUACAUGAGGCUAACAGAAAUCUAAACAUAAGCAAUCAGGCCAGUCCUUAAAUCUAAGUUCUGAGGGUUUGGUGUUCCCCAAACCCUCACACCUUUAUUAUGACCUGGGCUUACAUACAGUAGUUUGUAUUGAAAUGACACAAACAAUCUGUAAAAUGUGGUGAUUUGUUUAUUUUUAUGAGAGAUUAAUGCUGGUUAGAUUCAGGGGUAGUACACUACUGUAGUAUUGUACAUACCAUCUUCAAGUACUGGUGCGCACAGAGCCCCCUGCUGCCUUGGAGUGACAUAUUAAUGCUAAAAACUCGAGACAUGUUUUAGCUUUACUCAUGGUAACGAAGAAGUACAGCCUGGUAGAUACAUUGAGUUUAAAAUUUAAAUACACAUUAACAUGCAAACUAGUUUGGUAUAUACAGACAGGUGACAAAUAACUAGCAAAACUCAGCGUCUUUGUUUGCUCACUAGAAAAAGCUUUUAUUUUAUAAGUUUCUGGAGCUGUCCUGAAGUAACUGAACACUAUUCUUACAAAAGUUCUCUUCUUAAAUGGUGUUGUGAUGUUUGUGGUGAAUCUGGUGCAUAUAAUGCAAUUUAAUACAUUUUCAUUUUGUAUUA